AAUCCUUGCCCAUCUGUCACAGUGGGUUUCGGUUGGCAGAUCCACCAGUCACGUAAAAAGUUCUUUUCAUUUCAUUAUUCUUACUUUGAGUUUGACUUGUUCACCGCGAAGUGAGCGCUUUCGUCUAGGCCGAUUAUUUUUAAAAUGGAACAAGAAAUCAAACUGUUCACUCGGGAGGAACUCAAAUCCCGUAAUACACGGGAAGACGCGAUCCUCAUUAUCCACAACGGUGUCUAUGAUGUGACAAAGUUUCUUGAAGAGCACCCGGGCGGCGAGGAGGUGCUGCUGGAGCGCGCGGGGCAAGACGGCACCGACCCCUUCGAGGAUGUCAGCCACAGCUCCGACGCCAGGUCUCUGAUGCAGCAGUACAAGAUCGGCGAGCUGGUGGAAGCGGACCGCACGCAGAACAAGACCGCCUUCCCGCAGCAGUGGUCCAACGACACGCCGCGCGAGCUGGGCAACGCGUGGAGCUCGUGGGUGGUGCCGCUGGCGCUGGCGCUGGCCGCCACGCUGCUCUACCGCUACCUGUUCGCCUAGUGGCCCCCUAGCCCCGCCCAGCGCGCCGCCGCAACCUCCGCACUCGCUCCACUAGCUAUACUACGGGUUAAGAAUCAGUUAUGGCUAAGUUCACGUAACCGUGCGGAAACAAGAUCGCGGGGUGAAAAAUCAACUGAAAUGGUAGUAAUCGUUCACAUUACUGAACUUACACUAAACCUAUUUUACGGUGGACAUCGGGUAAACACUCUACGUUUAACAAUAAUAUGGAUAACUAGAAAAACGUGUAGUGUGUACCCGCUAGGACGUGGUAUGAUCCGUCGAUGUCCAAUGAGGCCUAGCACGAAUAUUUGUGAC